UGAAUAGGAGUUGUUGCGUAAGUGCAGACUGCCAUGAAAACAGCCAUCAGGACACUGACCGCAGCAGACGAGCAGAAGAGUCCACACAAACUCACUUUAUACAACAUGGAAACUGUAUCAUAUGAUCGAUUUACAUCAGCUGAGACAGAAAUUAAUCACAGUGGACAAAAAUUCAUUAUGCAAUCAGGAAGAAGGAACAGAAUGAUUUAUAUAAUAUAUGCCAUUCUUGCCCUCUAUGUGUUUAUUCUGACACUGGCUGUUGGAAUUAAAAUCUCUCAGAUCAGCCAAGAGGUUGCAGAUGUUAGACUUUAUAUGAAGACCUUUGUUGAUGCCCCCAAAACUCCACAAUUUGAGAAUGGUCAUUUCUCUGAACUUGUGAUGCAGGUGCCAGUGGCAGAGCAAGGACCCUGUCAGGAAAACUGGGUGUUUUAUAAAGGCUCGUGCUACUUUCAGUCUACAAUGAAGAGGAACUGGAAAACUGCAGAAAGCAAUUGUAUCCAGAAAGGAUCGCACUUAGUGGUUGUCAAUGACUUGGCUGAACUGGACUUUCUGUCUUCAAUCGUAAAGCUGUCUGACAGCUACUGGAUCGGGCUUGUUGAGAAAGAAGAGGGACAAUGGUCCUGGGUGGAUGGAACAGAGUUUAGUGCUACUGAACACCACUGGGAUGUCGGUCAGCCAGAUGACUGGGAUGUCCGUGUGAAUGGUGAGGAUUGUGGGCAGCUUCAUUCUAGGGAGAUAGUGAACAGACGGAGGAUGUGGAAUGAUGCAGACUGCACACUUUCUUACCCUUACAUCUGUGAGGGCAACCCCAAGAGCCACUGACAAUCAACAUCUAAUCUCCAAUACUAAUUCACUUAAACUUUAAUUUGCUCUCUUUUGUUCCAGUAGAAAUAGCUAAACAUCCUUAAAACAAGAUAUAUUUAUUUGACAGUAAACUGAUGAUCAUAGACUAAUCAGAAGACAUAUCUGGAAUUUGUAGCUGAAUUUUAUGUUUACACAACAUCAUUUUACACAACUAUAAAUGUUUUUUUGUUCUUUUGAACAUUAAUUGACACACACAAAAAAAAUGCAGGAGCCUGAAAAGCGUUCAAAGUACAAGUUUUUGAAUACUAAACUAAUUAUUUUAGUGUAAAACAAAACAACAAUGCAUUUGUGAAAAUGAGAACAUCAUUAACAUGCAUAUUAUUUGAAUUGGUGAACAAUUGACCAUACUAGAUUGAUUUGCUCUUCAGUGUUUGGACUUUCAGCAGUGACAUUUAAACCGCACUGAACUUUAACUCUGAAAUCUUAUGUUAAGCUGCUUUGACACAAUCUACAUUUUAAAAUCGCUAUAGAAAUAAACAUGAAUUAAACUAAA